CAAAAUGUGGAAAAAGUGAAGGGGUCAGAAUACUUUCCCAAAUGCACUAUAAUUGUGGAAUGAGAAAAUGGACCUUAGAUCUCCCAUUAGUCUCACGCGGCCGGGCAGGCGGAGGAAUGGGACGUCCCAUCUCUACUAUGUCUGACUUUAUGACUGUUGCACAGACUUAAAAAGGACACAGUUGAGUUUAAUCUAACACGGUGGAGCUGACUGCUGGACUGGACUCUGAACUACCCACAAGGCAGUAGUUUCCUAGUUUAUCCUCCAGCCUGCGUGUGAAGGAGAGAGGAAGCCGGUCACAUUGUCCCAAAAAAGCUCUAUAUAUGGGAUGAGAGGGAGGAAGUUGGAUUCCUCAAUAGGGCAUCCACCCAGUGGCUCAAGAAACCUGCUCUGAAGGCUGGCCGGGUUGAAACUGUUCAGAGAGAUCUUCACUUCAGAUCAGAAAUUCCUCCAGAAGACUACCUCACCUGACCUGACUGGGACCAGCAACAAUACAGCCAUGUCUUUGCGGAUCCAUGUGCUGGCCUGCUGCUUCGGCCUGGGCUCCUGGGUGGCUGUCAAUGGCCUGUGGGUGGAGCUCCCCCUCAUCGUUAACACUCUCCCCGAGGGCUGGGAACUACCAUCUUACCUGACCGUUAUCAUCCAGUUCGCCAACCUGGGGCCUCUGCUGGUCACUCUCAUGCACAAGCUGUGUCCGGGCCGUCUGAAGGAGAGAGCUGCCAUCUACUGUGUGUUGUCCAUAGGUGUCCUGGCCUGUAUACUUCUGGCGUUCUCCUGGGAUGAGACCACAGUGGUGGCGGCGGCAUCUCGGAGCACAGCCUUCUUUAUCCUCACCUUCUUCCUGGCCUUGGUGGACUGCACCUCCUCUGUCACCUUCCUGCCCUUCAUGAUGCAGCUGCCAGCCCACUACAUCACCACCUACUUCAUUGGAGAAGGCCUGAGUGGCUUUAUCCCUGGUCUGGUGGCUCUCGGCCAGGGCGUCGGCAUGGCCAAGUGUGUGAAUGCCACUCAGUCCUCUGGUAACCUCACUGAAGAGGAUAUGUACAUUGUCCAGACCCAGUUUCUACCGCCCAACUUCUCCACCGAGGUGUUUUUCUUCUUCCUGGCGGCCAUGAUGUGCAUCAGCCUGGCAGCAUUCUCUGCACUAAACAGGCUCCCACGUACCUUUGAACUGUCCACAGAGAACUUGGUUCCAGACACUGACACAGUGGCGUCAGUCUGCUCCGGACUAGACAACCAUGGAGCAGUGACUGAAGGGGAGAACUCAAACCCAAAAUGCCACAGUGAGGAAUCAGGUCAGGACAGGCCACAGCUGGCUAAAUCAGGCCACUCUGUUUUUCAGUUAACUUUUAUCUAUUUCAUGGUGGUCUGGGUGAAUGGGGCGACUAACGGCCUCUUGACCUCGGUGCAGACAUACUCCUGUAUGCCCUACGGUAACCUGGCAUAUCACCUGUCGGCUGCUCUGGCAUCCUGUGCCAACCCAGUGGCCUGUAUAGUCGCCAUGUUUUUUCCUAAAAGGUCACUAGUGCUCCUGGGUGUACUGUGUCUCAUUGGAUCAGUCUUUGGAGGAUACAACAUGGCAAUGGCCACCAUGAGUCCAUGUCCACUACUACAAGGCUCCGCACUAGGAGAAGCCAUCAUAGUGCUGUCGUGGGUCUUCUUCACAGGGAUACUGUCUUAUGUCAAGGUGAUGGUGGGCGUCAUCUUCAGAGAUGAGAGCCACAGCGCCCUGGUGUGGUGUGGAGCAGCGGCACAGACAGGCUCUCUGCUGGGCUCUGCCAUCAUGUUCCCACUGGUAAAUGUCUACAACCUGUUUCAGUCAGGAGACUUCUGUAACACCAAGUGCCCUUUAUGAUGGUGACCUAUUCCUAAAACACUAACAUAACCACGGGUAAGUAGCCUUGUCCAUGCCAGAAUGGCCCAUCUCAUAGAACACUCCCAGGAAAGGACACUAGUACCUGCUAGUACUUAUACCAACUGGGGUGGUGUGUGAAUAAUGUGGGGAAUGAACAAUGACUGGACAAGAUUAGAGAUUGGACUCUGAACAUGCCUUCAAGGGCACUCUCUUCUGAGAGAGAAAUCCACCUGGAUCAAUGGACUAAAAUAUAACAUUUCAAAAUGUUGCUCAAUUAAUAUUUGAAAAUGUUUUAUAAAGUGUGAUUCACAACCCACGCUCAAGGUUAGCAAUGAUUGUUUAAAAUACCUGCCCUAGUAAGUGGGUCAAGCACCUUUGAAAUACUUUCUGUGAAUAGCCUCAA